AUGGCAGAAUCACUAAUCCCUGUGAAGAUGGAUAUAAAAGAAGAAGACUUUGAUGAUUUCCUCUGGGAGUAUAUUUUGGCCAGGAAAGUGGAAGAUAAGAGUGCACUGGACAAAGAUUUUAGGACUGAGACACAAACAUCCUCUACCUGCAGAGGAGAAGCCUUCACAUCAGUGGAAAUUACAGAGGAAAACUAUUCUGAUUCUGGAGAAUAUGGCCAUGAUGACUCCUCAGCUACAAAGCCUGUGUGUCUGGCCCAGAUGAAGAGGGUAUCAGUGGUGCUGGUGGACUGCUGUAGACCAAACUUUAAACAGGAACAUGAUUCUGAUAGUGAAGAAUGUGAUGACCAUGAUGACUCCUCAGCCAAAAGAGUUGUUCAAAGGAUCACAUGUGGGAAGAGUUUAAGUGUUGUCUCCGAUUUCAACCCACAUCAGACAACACCUACUGGACGAAAGCCACAUCAGUGUUCUCAUUGUGGAGAGGCAUUUGGUAAAAUGUCUCUUCUGAAGAGACACGAGAGGAUCCAUACUGGAGAAAAGCCACAUCAGUGUUCUACAUGUGGGAAAAGCUUCAGAAGGAAAGACCAGCUCACUCUCCAUCAGAGAACACAUACUGGGGAAAAGCCAUAUCAGUGUUCAGAUUGUGGGAAGACUUUUACUCAGGUGAGUAGUCUCAAGACACACCAGGUGAUCCAUACUGGGGAAAAGCCAUAUCAGUGUGCUACAUGUGGGAAAAGCUUCAGAACGAAAGGAGAGUUCAUGAUCCAUAAGAGGAUCCAUACAGGAGAAAAGCCAUAUCAGUGCUCAGAUUGUGGGAAGACUUUUACUCAGAUGAGUAGUCUCAAGUCACACCAGAUGAUCCAUACUGGAGUAAAGCCAUAUCAGUGCUCAGAUUGUGGGAAGACUUUUACUAAGGCACAUAAUCUCAAAACACAUCUGAUGAUCCAUACUGGAGUAAAGCCAUAUCAGUGUUCAGAUUGUGGAAAGAGUUUUACUCAGGCACAUCAUUUGAAGACACAUCAAAGAACACAUUCUGGAGUAAAGCCAUAUCAGUGUUCAGAUUGUGGAAAGACUUUUAGUCAGGCACAUAAUCUCAAAACACAUCUGAUGAUCCAUACUGGAGAAAAGCCAUAUCAGUGUUCAGAUUGUGGAAAGACUUUUACUCAGGCACAUCAUUUGAAGACACAUCAAAUAACACAUUCUGGAGUAAAGCCAUAUCAGUGUUCAGAUUGUGGAAAGACUUUUACUCGGGCAGAUGAUCUCAAGAAACAUCAGAUGAUCCAUACUGGAGUAAAGCCAUAUCAUUGUUCAGAUUGUGGAAAUACUUUUACUCGGGCAGAUAGUCUGAAGACACAUCAGAUGAUCCAUACUGGGGAGAAGCCAUAUCAGUGUGCUACAUGUGGGAAGGGUUUCAAAACCAGCCAAGAUCUUACUGUCCAUCAGAGAAUACAUACUGGAGAAAGGCCUUAUCCGUGUGCAGAUUGUGGAAAGAUGUUUAAUCAGGCAGGUUCUCUGAAGAUGCAUCAGAUGAUCCAUACUGGAGAAAAGCCAUAUCAGUGUGUUACAUGUGGAAAGGGUUUCAAAACCAGUAGUAAUCUCAAGACACACCAGAGGACCCAUACUGGACAAAAGCAAUAUCAGUGUUCAGAUUGUGGAAAGACUUUUGCUCAGGCAGUUGACACAUCUGAUGGUCCUCAGUCUGUUCUCACUUCGAGAGACUCUCCCUGCAUUGUUCUUCAAACUAUAACCAUGGAAUUGAUCAGCUGGUCUCUCAACGCAAUUGACACCAUUUUCUUGACGAGGAAAACGGUUUUGGGGGAACCGGACUGUCCCAGCGGAACGUUUGCGGCAGGCUACACGAUGGACUCGUGGGAGAGUUGGAGAGUCGUGUGCCUGGCGACCCUUUCUGUGGAGGAUGCUGAAGAUAUUUACCUAUUCGCUUUCAUGUUUACGGGUCUUGUGCUGAUUGGAAUAGGCCUUGCCCUGGUAAACCUAAGAAUUCUGAAGAGGAUGGCAGCUGUCCAAAGCCCCACAGCGCUGCCCGUCAUGAUCGAAUCUGUGGGCAGAGCGGUGGGCGCUCAGAAUGGGACUAUUCAAAUCUGUAUGGACAAUAUCAUGCAGAAGAUGAAGGAGAGGGACAACAUCACGGACAUAAAGGACAAGGAGCUGACCCACUGUUUGGUUACCAUCACGGAGAAGCUCACGGCUCUGCAAAAACGAAUUGACGGAUAA